AUGGUGCAAAAUGGUUUUGUUGGAGAAGAAGCAGAAAAAACGGUGAGUUCUGGUGGUGGAACGGUGGUUGUUGGGGUGAAGCUUGAUUCACCAAGUAAAGAGCUUUUGACAUGGGCUUUGGUUAAGAUGGCUCAACCUGGUGACUCUCUGAUUGCUCUUCAUGUUCUUGAAAUUGUGGAUCGAGAUGGGAAGUCUUCGCUUUUAUCGCUUGUCAAAGCGUUUAACUCUGUUCUUGAAAGGGGAAAUUACAACUUCACUAACCGUGGUCCUGACCCCACAAUCAACCCAGCAUUCGUCCCUCAACUGCGAUCACUUUGCCCACAAAACAGUGAUGGCUCCAGGCGCAUUGAUUUGGACACCGGCAGUGGCAACAGGUUCGAUGCAGCAUUCUUCGCAAACUUAAGAAAUGGUCGGGGAGUCCUGGAGUCUGAUCAGAAGUUGCGGACGGACGCAUCGACAAGAACUUUUGUCCAUCGUUUCUUGGGUGAGAGAGGCUUGCCGCCAUUGAACUUUAACGUGGAAUUUACGAGGUCCAUGGUGAAGAUGAGUAAUUUUGGUGUGAAGACGGAUACUAAUGGAGAAAUUCGAAGAAUCUGCUCCGUCAUAAACCAAUAG